CAACAGACUUUUGAGGAUAAAACAUUGUGGUCUGAGAUCCAUACAACCGGGAAGCCUGUCAUCGAAAGUUCCAACAGUUUCCCCACCAGAAAGUGCCACCCGCAGUCAGCCCGGCGCCAUCAUGCCUCAGCAGCUCCUGAUCUCCCUUGCCACUGACGCCAGCACGUGGGUGAAGUUGAACCAUCCCAGGAAGACCAAGGAGGGGGUGUCCCUGUGGGUGGAUGUGACAAAAGUGUUUGAAGGAGAAGCUCUGCUACCCCAUGAUGCCAAUAGGACACAACAAGAAAGCUUAGCUGAUGGAACGACCCCUGGCGUCUUUGCAGCAGAAUCCCAGGAAUUGUUGACUUUCAAGGACAUAGCUGUGGACUUAUCCCAGGAGGAAUGGGGGCAGCUGGCUCCUGCAUACCGGGAUUUGUAUCGGGAGGUGAUGCUGGAGAACUACAGAAACCUGGUAUCAGUGGGAUAUCAACUUUCCAAGCCUACUGUGAUUUCCCAGUUGGAGAAAGGAGAGGGACCAUGGACGGCAGAGAGUCAAGGCCCAAAGGAUUCCAUUUUAGAUGUGAAGACUAAGCUAGAAACCAAAGAGUCAACUUCAGAGGAUGACAUUUCCGUUAAGUUUUAUCAUGGCGCCAUGCGGGGAAGGCUCAGCAAGGACCAUAUAGUUUGUUCUCCAUUGAAAAAAGCCUCCAGCUAUGGCGAUACAUUAGAGAGGCACCCAGAAACCUGUGGGAAAGGCAUGAGACAAGCCAUUUGGACCCACAAAAAGAAACACCAAGAAGUGAACAAACUGGAAAGCCCAGAGAGUGCCAAUGUUCUUUUAGAACAGAAGCAUCGUAAAUACAAACCAGCCAGAAAGAGGAACAAAUAUAAAUCCGAUUCAGUUACUCAUCCAGGGAGCUGCAUAAGAACCAGAAUGUACCGGUGUAAUAUAUGUGAAAAGAUGUUCAAACAACCCGUCCACCUUACUGAGCACAUGAGAAUUCAUACUGGUGAGAAGCCUUUCCGGUGUAAGGAGUGUGGCAGGGCCUUUAGUCAAAGUGCAUCUCUUAAUACACACCGGAGAAUCCACACUGGGGAGAAGCCCUUCGAAUGUCAGGAGUGUGGCAAAGCCUUCCGACAUCGCUCGUCCCUCAACCAGCAUCGCAGGACUCACACAGGAGAGAAACCCUUUGUGUGCGAUAAAUGUCAGAAGGCCUUUAGCCAGAACGUCAGCUUGGUCCAACAUUUGAGGACUCAUUCUGGAGAGAAGCCCUUUAGCUGCAAUGAAUGUGGGAAAACCUUCCGACAGAUUAGACACCUCAGUGAACAUGUGAGGAUUCACACCGGGGAGAAGCCCUAUAAGUGCCCUUCGUGCUGUAAGACGUUCAGUCACAGAGCGUACCUCACACAUCACCAGCGAAUCCACACCGGGGAGAGACCCUACAGAUGCAAGGAGUGCGGGAAAGCCUUCAGGCAGAGGAUACACCUUAACAACCAUAAGACUGUGCAUACGGGAGUGAAGGCCUAUGAGUGUAAGCGUUGUGGGAAAGCUUACAGGCACGACUCGUCCUUUAAGAAACACCAGAGGCAUCACUCUGGAGAGAAGCCGUAUGAGUGUAACGAAUGUGGAAAGUCCUUCAGCUAUAAUUCAUCCCUGAGCCGACACCAUAAAAUACACAGAAGGAAUGCCUCUCCAGAUGAUCCAGGACAUGAGAACAAUAGACAACUCUAA